GCAAGGGCUCGUACACAAAUGAAAUCAACAGAUUUACACCCAUUUUAUGACCCACCUACUCGACCUUUACAUUAUGGAAUAGGGAAAUAUAACAUGGAUAGGUUACUGGAUAAACCCCCGUAAAUGCAACGCCAUAUGUGCACCACCCCCAAGUGAAAAUGUAAACAAAGCUGUUUUGCAUUUAUGUUGAUCGACGAAUCAUUUCUAUUCGAAUAUUUUUUGUACUAAAAAAUUGACUCGAGAACUAUUUAAGUUUCUGAAAUGGCCGAACACUUCCAAUCUCGGAAAGGGACUGGAAAUCUUUUAAAAGAUUUACUUUCUUCAGUUGUGCUUAUAAAAAAGUGUGAUUAUCAUUUCCCAGCUAAUAAGGACAAUAAAAAGUUGGAAAUCUCGACCCAUCCAAAUUUAGGGGGUGCUGCCAGCUCGGAAAUUUUGUGCUGUUUUAUCUGUGCAAGUUAUGAGGUGGAAGAAAAGUUAAAUUUCUUAACUGAAGUGGAACUGGAAAUUUUGAAAAAUGUCGUGUUAUUUGGUUCCGCUGAGAAGAAACUGUUCCAGGACGUUGCAAAAUCUGUCGCAAUUUGUGAGACGUGUUCCUCAACGCUGCAGAAAUUGGUCAAGUUAAGAAAUAAGAUUCUUGAAAUUUCUAUCUGUUUGCUAACUGUGAUAACAAGGAGAAUGGAAAAAAUUGAAGAUGUAGGAAACAAUAAUAAUUGUGGAUCUGACGUGGGCGACGAUUUUCUCUCCAACGAAAUGAACGACUUUGUCAUCCAUGAUGACUUAUUUAAAGUGGAAGAAGCCCAAAUAGAAUGUGGAAGUGUAGAAGUAUCCGAUGAAUAUAAAUUUAUACCAGUUGAAGAUAAUCUAAAAAGAGAAAAUAAGGUGACCACGUGUUACUUCCGACAUACACGAGGAGUCGAAAAUAGUCAUCCUGUAAGGAGCACAGUGUCACCAUUAGCAGUGCCAAUUCCACUCAUUAAAUGUGAAAAGAGAGAAGUCGUGGUGGAGGAGGAGGAGGAUGGGCAAGUUUCGCCUAGAAAUGACGUCGCCGUUGAACUGGAUGGUCACGAUUUAAGUCUUGCCACUCCUCAGAAUACCGAUGCACAUCUCUUCAACCCUAAAACGUCAAAUCCACCAACUUUCUCGCAGAGUGGAGAAAAUAUAUCGCAAGAUAGACGCGAAAAUCCUGAAGAAAGCCAGUCGUGCAAGAAGACAGCAGCUUCGUCGAAGAAAAAUAUUUCCAAUCCAACGAGUUGUUUCGAGAUGGGAAAUGGUUCGAAAAUACUUCACGUCUUAAUCGCCACCUCAAAAACCCAUGGAUACAUAUUGCGGAGAGUAGAUCAUCCAGAGUCCGGAAGAGAAAAUGUCAAACUUCUAACGAUAUUCCAACUUGUUCCGAAUGUGGGAAAUGGUUCGAAAAUAUUUCACGUCUUAAUCGUCACCUCAAAAAUCCAUGGCUAGAUCAGCCUCGAUCAUAUGCAGUGAAGAGAAAACGUCAAACUCCUGACGAUAUUAGUUUGUCAAACAAGACAAUAACAAUUUCAAUUCACGACUACGAAAGAGUCGAACCCUUGCACUGGAGAGAAUCCAAUCUUGGGCAAGUAAAAGUUACGACAAAAAUUACGAUUCUGGAGGAGAGGAAGAUUCCGAGUAUGAAAAUAGUUCGAUUGCCAGCGAUACCAGCAGCGAUACGAGCGACAUCAGCGAUAACUAUGGACUUGGGUUAGGGGACGUCAACAAAUUUCGUCACGCAAAAAUUGCCAGAAGAAGGAUUUUUACUUUUUACACGGGCGAAACUGAGCUAUUAAAAUGCACCGUCUGUGGCACCGAAUGUGACGAUUUGGACACAUUGCGACUACAUAAAUUCAGCCGACAACAAAGUGCGAAAUAUGUGUGCAAGAAUUUGUCGAUGACUCGAGUUUCCAUAAGCACUUGCGGAGGAAGAAUCACCUCGCAGGAUUUAAGACGUGCAGAAUUGACCAGGACGGCGCUAUGAAAUUUGUUUGCAGCAAAUGCGACCAGGAACAGUUUCCUGUUCUUCAAGAUCUUCUCUACCACCUUAAAAGUGUUCAUGCUCCCCCGUUAGCUGCCUUGGAGGAAGAAAUCUCUUCCUUGACGUGUACAUUGUGUUGUCAAAAGUUUCUCGACGUGGCGUCCCUCACUGGUCACCGUGCAACUCAUUUGAUCGACUAUGAGUGUGUCGUUUGCUCUCAAAAAUUUGACCACAGGUCUCUAUUUGAAUCACACUUGAGGACAGAGAAACACCGAUUCGCCAUAAAAUGCCGGAGAGUGGAUGACGGUGGCCAGAUCAAUUUUGUCUGUGACCUGUGCAACGACAAGCAACCCAGUUUCCCGGAACUUGUCCAACACAGAAAAAUAGGUCAUCCUAGGAGAAAAGGUGAAAUGAUAACGUGUCAGCCUUGCGCGGCAGUUUUCCGUGGUAGAAAAAAUUUCGUGGCACAUCUCCGGAGUAAAAAACAUGCCAGAAAUGUCGCUGAUAAUGCGUUGAAGGGGCCUGACGAGAAAAUGGAAUUUGAGUGUGACAAGUGUGACAAAAAAUUCGUCACUAGGUCCAGCUUCCAGACGCACAAGAGGAUCUUCACUUGUGAAAAAUGCGAACACCGGUGUUGUUCCGUGAAGGGCUUGCAAGCCCAUCGGAAGUCGCAUGGCGAACCGAAAGGACUGUUGAGAUUCAUUCCACUUGACGAGAAACCCUACUCGUGCACACAGUGUGAUAAACGCUUCUCAAGAAAUCUCUAUAGAAAACUGCACAUUAGCUCAACCCACCAAGGACAUCGCUUCAAAUGUGAUGUUUGCCUUAAAGAAUUCAAAUUGGCCCGGACGUUAAAAUGCCAUAAGAAAAAGUGUCCAAAAGAAGGUUCUAAAAAUUUACAAGCGUCCGAUUCGAACUCAAAGAGAAAAAAAUUCUGGUUUUGCGACGUUUGUGAAAAACCUGUGACCACGAGAGGGCAAAUACUUAAACACGUGGAGGUCGUCCAUUUCCAGGAUAAAACCUCGUGUCCUUACGGCUGCACCGAGACACAGUUUAAGACUGACGAUGAGUGGAUCCAUCAUCUUGAGGAAUGCACAUCAGACAAAAUUACUGAUAAUUCCGUUUCUUGCUACUUCUGUGGUGCCACAUUUCGCAGCCAACUGCUUAGAAUCUCCCACCACCUAAAAGUCCAUAAAACCCACGACUGCGACCUUUGCGCGCACAAGUCAACAACUCAAGAAGCUUUACACAAGCAUAAACUGUCGCACCCGGAAUGGUACCCACAUCAUUGCAUAAAGUGUGACAAGAAGUUUCGUUCCCCAUUCCAUUUUAAGCAUCAUCGGACCACUGUGUGCUGUAAUGAUGAAAAAACCACACUCUAAGAAACCCGGUAACAAAUCCUAAGUUAUUCCCAGGCGAAGUAUCUAUGUGACCCUACUGCAUGUUAAUCAAUUUAUUAUUGAGUGCUAGAAAAUUACUUACCAACUGGUAAUGUUUUCAAAUCCGCGACCGGGGUUAUUACCGGUUUGGUGACAAGAUGUCUGAACUCAACAGUAAAUUAAUUGUCACGCGGUAGAGUCACAUAGAUACUCCGCCUGGUAAUAACUUAGUUGCCGGGUUUCUUAGAGUGCAGACAAGAGUUUAAGGCGAAAAGGAAACUGCAAUAGCGGAAGUUUACUGAGAACAAGAAAACUAAAAAUAUGUCUCGUCAUUCGUGACGGAAGGAAAUAGAAGGACAAAAGUUACAAGACAGCUAACAGCCAAUCAGAAUGCAGGAAUGUCACGGAAAGUUUCACAGGACGGAAUAUUCUAAAUUAUUACAUAGAUUUUAAAUUUGAUUAAUAUUUUAUUAAUUAUGAAGUUCUUAAACCGACUAAAUCAAACUAGGACAACGCACAACUAAAUGUGUGAGUCGCAACCAGAGUGUCUUAUUUAUCUAGAUUAGGUAUAGAUUAUAAAAAUUUGAGUUACAUUCUGUAAUCAAAAUGUAGUGUUCCAGUUCAAAAUUUUAUUUUCACGAUGCCACCCAAUCCCAAUCCUAUCAGAGUGUAAAGUCCCGCCGUAUCAGGGAUAUGAUUGUUGCGUUAAAUUUAUAUUACAACUUGCGCGUUUGCUUAUGGACGAUAUUUGUGAAUUAAAUUAGACAAGUAUGUAUAAUAUUCAGGCAGCAUUUGGUUCCAAGAUUUUUUUAAUAUUCCAAUUAAAUAAAGUGUUUUAAACAGUA